AUGUGUCUUCACAACGAGUGUCUUCGGCGCAAGAAGUUGUCCGACGGCUCGACCAACGGCUCGGAGUCGGAGUCGCCGAAGACGUCGUGCAAUGGUUUCGGUGACGAAACGCCCGAAGAGUUUCCCGCAAACGAUAUUAUAAUCAAUGUUUUGGAUGCGAACAACAAUUGCCUGAAUCUGAUGGAUGUGGCGGACGAGGAGCCGAAGCCCCGGGUGGUGACCCGGACUCUGUUCAGUCGGUCGGACUCCCAGUGCAGUCAGACAACUCAGACCAAACGGGUCACAUACGGAGGAAUGUUCAACCGAUUCGUGGACGCCGUCGACGAGAUGAACAAAAUUGUUUUGAUUCCCUCACGACUUCAGGACAUCGACUGCGCCGACGACGUGGACAUACCGGUCGUGUUGGACGGCGCCGGCGGUUGUGAUAUGCACUCGGGCUUCAAACUGUUGAACUCAUUCCGCAACCAAAUAGUGCACAGCAGUCACAACACAACAGUCAGUGCGGGCCAGGGGUAUGACAACCACCACAACGGCCACCACAGCGAGCGUUCACUAUCACCAAAACUGGUCAAACAGUACUCAGUGAACAGCGAAAAGGGCAAAGAGUUCCUCAAAGACGUCUCCUUAGACAGCGGCUACACCUCCAUCGUCAACGACAGUCAAUCGCAAAGCUAUUCCUCCACCUCUUCCGUCAACACCGAAGACGACUCAUCCGAAGUCAUGUCAGACAUGUCUGAUCUGGCGCUCAGUUUUUACCACCACUUGUAUGGACUCAACCUCGUGCUCGAGAAGCUCAUCGACACCACGAAAUUUAUUAGCAAUAAAUACGAGCAGAAUCUUCAAUGA